UGUGAAGCAAAGCAGAGAGAGCAGAGACGCGCUCAGGUGAAGUUGGAUCCAGAUCGGAGUUCAUCUUAACGCGCGGAGAUUCGGCGGAACCGAACUGGAUGAUAGAACCUCGCUGCUGUUCGCAAAGACCCAAACUAGAGGAGAUGAGAUCUUUGUCGAGUGGAGGAUUGUAGUCUGAAGGUGGAGAACAGGCAGCCUUUCCUUCACUCAGACCUUCGUCUUUGGUUUGCUGCUCUUUCAAUGUGGGAUACAGUUUUGUUCCAUUCGCCAGGCUGAAAUCCUCCAGGGUCAGGACCUCUGUCAUGGCAGCCCUGCUCCUUGGGUUGCUGCUGUUUGCAUUGCAGUCCCCUCCGCUCCCCUCCAGGCCGCUGGCGGACGGGGGGUCUUCUCUGCCUGCCACCUAUUCGCCGGCCACCGACAAUGGCACCACCAGCCACCCCAACGGGACCUCGCAGCAGCUUCCUCAGAUAAUAAUAAUCGGUGUGAGGAAGGGGGGGACGCGGGCGCUGAUAGAAAUGCUCAGUUUGCACAACGCUGUGGUGGCAGCUCAGAAUGAAGUCCACUUCUUUGAUUGGGAGAGCCACUUUCAGAAAGGCUUGUCCUGGUACCUCAGUCAGAUGCCUUAUGCCUUCCCUGAACAGCUGACGGUGGAAAAGACGCCAGCCUAUUUUACUUCUGCCAAGGUCCCUAAACGCAUCUAUCAGAUGAACCCCAACAUCAAGCUGCUCCUCAUCCUCAGAGACCCUACAGAGCGGGUGCUCUCAGACUAUACACAGGUCUUUUACAACCGUCUCCAGAAGCACAAGCACUACCAGCCCAUUGAGUCAGUGCUGGUUAGGAACGGAGAGAUCAACCUGGGGUACAAGGCGCUUAAUCGCAGUCUCUAUUACAUUCACAUGCAGAACUGGCUGCAGUACUUCCCCUUGGAGAGCAUCCACAUUGUGGAUGGGGACAGACUUAUCAAGGACCCCUUACCUGAGAUAAAAAAGGUGGAACGGUUCCUAAAACUGGAGCCGCAGAUCAACGCUUCAAAUUUUUAUUUCAACAAAACAAAAGGAUUCUACUGUCUGAGGGAUCACGGGCGAGAGCGAUGUUUGCAUGACUCAAAAGGCAGAGCGCAUCCUCAUGUUGCUCCCGCCAUCCUGCAGAAACUCUACCAGUUCUUCCACCAACCAAACCGCAAGUUCUUUGAGCUGGUGGGAAGAACGUUUAACUGGAAAUAAAUGUUGGAAUCGGACCAGAAUGAGCUCACUAUAGACAUAAACAAAGGGACAGACGCUAAAGUAAAUGUAAACAAAAGCUAUUUUUCUACUAGUGUAUUUGUUAUGGAGCGGGGCUCUGGGUCAAUCCGCCCCUUCAGAAGCUAAAACCUUCAUUUUUUACCCAGCUGUUUCCUUUUUAGCACUUCUUGAACCUGUAAACCAGUUCAUGCAUAUGUGUUUUGUAUUUAGUUGUAUUUAGGUAUUUUUUUAAUAAUGUAAUUACUUUAAAUGUAUAUUUAAUCCUAUAGACUUUUUAAUGUGAACUUCUAAAAGACGUGAAAAUGAAAUCAAAAUAACUGCUAAUAGAUAUUGUUUAUCUGAGUUAAGCUCUACGGUUAGAUGAUAACAGUGGGUAUAAAACAGCUCCCUGGUCGGUUUAAACUGAUGCUAGUUCGGUAUAAAACAUCCUGCAGUAGAAGGCUUCAUUUUAAACAUGGUAAAAAUUAGGAACACAUUGGCCAAAACUGCAAAGGUUCAAAAUGGUGAAAGGGCAGCAGGACGAUCAUCCGACAGGGGUGUGAGGAAUGUGAGCAUCAGUGCAGAGCGCUGCUCUUAUUUUCCAAACACCCAUUUCACUGACACCCUGUACUGUCAGGAAUGUGCAUCAGCAUCCAGCUUGGCUCAUAUCAGCAGACACAUUUUACACGGUGCCAGUUAACGUUACAUAAAGAUAUGCACUGAGCAGGUUUUUUAUUGUCAGACCUACUUUUUCCACAUUAUAUGAUGCAGCACCAUUAAGCACUAACACCAUUUAAAGCUCUGAAGGCAUUGCUGCUAUGAUUUUUUUCUGUAAUACCUUAAAUGACUUCUUUUAUUUUUGGGAUCUUAUUCUUCAUCGUUUUUGCAAGAGCCUUUCGUGUAAAUGUGCAACCCAGAUAUUGCUGACCAGCAACUCAACUGUAAAUAUUUUUCUAAAACUGAGAAGUUAAUACCAUAAUAAAGAUUUAUUUUAU